AUGACAACCAAAAAUAUAAAAAUUGUUGAGCCUUUUGAAGUCUUUUUUAGCAAUACAACCGAAACAGGUUUAGAUGAACCCAGCAAACUAAAACUGAACUAUCCCCGCACUAUUGAUAAAGAAAGACUAAAAGAAAAGUUGGGAGUUGCUAACCAAGAAAUAAUGGAACAGGCAGAUUUUACUUGUGAUAAGUGUGGAGGGGAUUUUUACGGAACCACGGCUUACUCAGUGGCUCAGGAUUGA